ACAUCUGAAUUAAGAUUGAUAGGUUCAAUAACUACACUACAGUACAGGAACUGUGUGUUAUCCUGCGAGGAAAACCGAAUAUAUUUACGAAUUACAAUAAUAAGACAAAUUAUUUGUGGAGUAUUAGCACUGGAAUAAGGGAGUAUGGCUGACGUUAGCUCAGAUGACGAGUGCCCGGAUCUUAUCCCUGUUCCUGUGAGGUCAGAGGUCAGUGAUGAACCAGCUUACAAGAUCCCAGUUACCAUCAUCACAGGGUUCCUUGGUGCUGGGAAGACAACUCUAUUAAAUUAUAUUCUCACCGAACAGCAUGAGAAAAAGAUUGCAGUCAUACUCAAUGAAUUUGGAGCAGGCAGUGCAGUUGAGCAGUCAAUGUCGAUUGGACAAUCAGGAGAGCUGUAUGAAGAAUGGCUUGAAUUACGUAAUGGUUGCCUAUGCUGUUCUGUCAAAGACAAUGGAGUACAAGCCAUAGAGAAUCUAAUGAAGAAAAGAGGAAAGUUUGACUACAUUCUUCUUGAAACCACUGGUCUAGCAGAUCCAGGUCCCAUUGCUUCAAUAUUUUGGCUGGAUGAUGAGCUUGGGAGUGAGAUAUAUCUAGAUGGUAUUAUUACUGUCAUUGAUGCCAAGUUUGGUCUUCAGCAUAUAAAAGAAGAAAAGCCAGAAGGCAUUCUAAAUGAGGCUGUCAGACAAAUAGCCCUUGCUGAUCUUGUCAUUCUGAAUAAGACAGACCUUGUUAAUACCCAAGAAUUAGCACAAGUUAGGGACACAAUAAGGCAUAUAAACAGCAUAGCAAGGUUACAAGAAACACAAAGGUCUAGGAUAGACCUGGACCUGAUCUUAGACUUACAUGCUUAUGAUGCUCAGGGUGAAGUCAGUGGAUACCAACUGCUGGAAAAGAAAGGUCUGAACUCUGAACCCAAUGCCAAAGGUCAUCUGGAUCCAGGCGUAACCACGGUAACAUUCCAGGUCAAAGGUAGUGUGCAAUCGUCAAAACUAGAAGACUUCUUACAGGGUCUCUUAUGGGAUAAAUCAUUAUGCAACCGAGAGGGUGAUCCUAUGGAUGUCAUGAGGUUAAAGCAAGCUUGGUCAUUGUUAGCCGCAUUCCAGUAAUUGGUGGAUAGAUGCAAUAGAAGAAAUGCCGUCCCUCAAAGAAAUAAGUGUCUGUCCAUGUCAUCUUUACACAAAGACAGUCUACGACCCUGUCUCACAAAUGAUAACAAUGGAUCCAAUGAAACUCAACUGCUGAAAGCUAUUAAAGUCAGUACUUGGUUUAUAUCUUAGAACAAAGAGUGUAUGUAUAUGUGUACCCCUUUUUCAGGUGAGGCACAAAGUGUUUAAGUAAUUGACUGUGAUAUACAAGUAUGUAGCAGAUCUGUUUUAAAGAGAAAUACUUGUGUUGUCUUUAAUGUGAGACCUUUAAAGAACAUGUAAUACAUGUUCAGUCAAUGACUGCUGUAUGGAUGGGAAAGAAAGUAGGAGAGGGGGGACAUUGUUGAAGUGCAGGGACGGAAUGUGAUGCAGCAUACUUAGACCGCACACUGUGAAAUCCCGGGACGGGCCGUGCUCAGGUGUUGAAAGCGCGGCAGGGAGAAAGCGGGAGGUUACUCAAACAAGUCGUGCCCAUUUGUAACAGAUGUUACAAUACUCGUAGCUAAUGAUGCCUCAAUCGUCACUGGGGGACAGGAGGAUAGGGUGGGGCGGCGGAAGGGGAGGGGAAGGGGUAGUUAGAGGAGGGGGAAUGCGAAGGGAUUGGGAAAAAUGAUUGUUAAAGAGAGGGGCAAGAAUUAGGCUUUCCUCAAAGACCUUGAGAGUGUUUCAUGAAACAAAUACUAGCAAUCAAUCAUUUUUACUGACAACUGUAAGCUUCUGAAAUCAUUGCUACUGAUUGGCUCAAAAUAAAUUAGUGAAAGUCACAUUAUAAUUUAAGCAGAGGAAUAUCACAAAGACGUUGCUUAAUUAGUUAUUCUCAGUCUAUUUAA